UGAAGCAGGCCCGCCUGACAAGUGAACAGCCAGCCUUUGCUUGAAGACAAAAGCCUCCAGUGCAAUUCCUUGCACAUGUGAUUUCUCUACUCCUUGCUGUUGAAUCAUGGGGGAAAUUGAAGGAACUUAUAGAGUCCUGGAGACUCCAGGAAGCCGCUUGGGGGGCCUGAAUCACACUGGAGUCAGCACCCUGGAGCCAGGGCAAAGCCUGUCCUCAGCCAUGGCGAAGACGUCUGCCAAACUGCAAGAAAAAGACCUUGCUAUCAAAGUCAAGUUGUUGGACAAUGCUAUUGAGAUACUCCAUGUGGAGCCCAAAUGCUAUGGCCAGAUCCUAUUGACAGAGGUGUUUAAGCAUUUAAAUUUGAUUGAAUCAGAUUACUUUGGAUUGGAAUUCCAGAAUGUCCAGUCUUAUUGGAUUUGGCUCGAACCGAUGAAGCCUAUCAUUAAACAAGUACGAAGACCAAAGAACACAAUGCUUCGGCUAGCUGUCAAAUUUUUCCCACCUGACCCUGGACAGUUGCAAGAAGAGUACACAAGAUACUUGUUUGCCUUGCAAAUCAAGAGAGACUUGGUUGAGGAGCGACUCCCCUGCAGUGACAACACGGCCGCUCUCCUCACUUCUCAUCUCUUGCAGUCUGAGAUAGGGGACUAUGAGGAAACCACAGACCGAGAACAUCUUAAAUUAAGUAAAUAUGUGCCAAAUCAAGAACGUUUUCAAGAGAAGAUACUAGAAUACCAUCGACAACACAUGGGCCAAACACCUGCCGAGUCAGAUUUCCAGGUACUUGAAAUUGCUCGAAAGUUAGAGAUGUACGGGAUCAAGUUUCACCUGGCCUCGGAUCGAGAGGGGACCAAAAUUCACCUUGCUGUUUCUCACAUGGGCGUACUUGUAUUCCAGGGGAACACCAAAAUUAACACCUUCAAUUGGUCCAAAGUCCGUAAACUGAGUUUUAAGAGGAAAAGGUUUCUUAUUAAACUUCACCCAGAAGUUCACGGCCCAUAUCAGGAUACUCUGGAAUUUCUUUUGGGGAGUCGAGAUGAGUGUAAGAACUUCUGGAAGAUUUGUGUAGAAUAUCACACCUUUUUCAGACUUUUUGAUCAGCCUAAGCCAAAAGCUAAAGCUGUCUUCUUCAGCCGAGGGUCUUCAUUCAGAUACAGUGGGAGAACCCAAAAACAGCUGGCGGACUAUGUUAAAGACAGCGGAAUCAAGAAAGUGCCCUAUGAAAGAAGGCACAGCAAGGCUCAAAUCGCUACUCGAACUUUGAAUAAAGAUUUGCCAAAGCAGAGCAUCUCAUUUACCGAGGGCUUGAGACUUCCUGGUUCACCGAGUUCUACAAAUGCCUCCUUUUAUUCAGUCCCUACCUCUUCCGUGACCCCCGCUGACCUGCCCAUUUGCAUGGACAGCAACAGUUCCUUCCUGGCCUCCAAGGCACCCUCUGUGAAGAGCCCCCUAACAGAAAGGAGCAGCGUUACAUCAGCUGAAGAAGCUGACAAGAAAACGGUCCAGCCACGUGGCUCUCCAAUACUCCAGUCAUUUCAAGGCCUCUCGGAGGACAGUUCUCUGCUUUCUCCCUUCACGUUGAAGAGUUCACUGAGUUUGAACCCAACAUUUCAGGUGUCUCUGAGCCCAACUGGACAGGGUUCAUCCCCUCUCCUAAGCCCUGUCCUAGGUGAUGCUGGUUGUGUCAGAGUUGAAGAUGAGGAGGAAACAAAACACCAGCGUACCCCAACAGAUAAUGCAUAUUUUAUAGCCAAGGAGAUUCUUGCUACUGAACGAACAUACUUGAAGGAUUUAGAAGUCAUUACCGUGUGGUUCCGCAGUGCAGUCAUCAAGGAGGAGGCUAUGCCAGGGACGCUGAUGGCAUUGCUGUUCUCCAACAUCGACCCUAUCUAUGAGUUCCACAGAGGAUUCCUGAGAGAGAUUGAGCAGCGACUGGCCCUCUGGGAAGGAGCCUCCAGUGCCUACGAGAAAGGGGAUCUCCAGCGCAUCGGUGACAUCAUGCUUAAGAACAUGCACAGUCUGAAGGAGUUUACCAGCUAUCUUCAAAAACAUGACCAGGUUCUUACAGAAUUGGAAAAGGCUACCAGAUGCCUCAAGAAACUGGAGAUGGUGUAUAAGGAAUUUGAACUUCAGAAAGUGUGCUAUUUGCCUCUCAACACUUUCCUUCUCAAGCCCAUUCAGAGACUGAUUUACUAUAAGCUGGUCCUAGGGCGGUUAUGCAAACACUACCUGCCAGACCACCUGGACUAUCCAGAUUGCAAGAGGGCGCUCCACGAGAUCUCAGAAAUGACGUCACAGCUGCGGAGCAGCCUCCUCCGCUUGGAGAAUUUUCAGAAACUCACAGAGCUUCAGCAUGACUUGGUCGGCAUCGACAACCUCGUCAUCCCCGGCAGGGAAUUUAUCCGAGAAGGCUGCCUGUACAAGCUUACCAAGAAGGGCUUCCAGCAGAGGAUGUUCUUUUUGUUCUCAGACAUACUACUGUAUACAAGUAAGGGAGUGACAGGGACCAACCACUUCAAAAUCCACGGUCAGCUGCCUCUGCACGGCAUGCUGGUGGAGGAGAGUGACAAUGAGUGGUCCGUGCCCCACUGCUUCACCAUUUAUUCCGUCCCAAAGACCAUCGUCGUGGCCGCCAGCACUCACCUAGAAAUGGGCAAAUGGAUGGACGAUUUAAGCCUCGCCAUUGAGGUGGCCAAGUCUGGGGACAAGCCCUUCAUGCUCCUGGACAGCUGUGGGAAUGGCAGCUCUAUCCGACCCUCUGGAGAGGUCUCUCUAGAACAGGAAUCAGAAGAGGAUGCUCACUCUUCCCAUAGCUCCCUGGACAGGCAGAGUCACCACCGGGCCAAUACCACCAUGCACGUGUGCUGGUACCGCAACACCAGCGUCUCCAUGACUGACCACAGUGUGGCCGUUGAGAACCAGCUGUCAGGAUACCUGCUGAGGAAGUUCAAGAACAGCAGCGGCUGGCAGAAGCUCUGGGUGGUGUUCACCAAUUUCUGCCUGUUUUUCUACAAAACUCACCAGGACGAUUACCCGCUGGCCAGUCUUCCCCUGCUGGGCUACACGGUCAGCAUCCCUGGGCAGGCUGAUGGCUUUCACAAGGAUUUCAUCUUCAAGCUUCAGUUCAAAUCUCACGUCUAUUUCUUCAGGGCUGAGAGCAAAUACACGUUUGAGAGGUGGAUGGAAGUGAUCAAGAGAGCAACCAAUUCUCCUGGGAGAACCAGCCUGGUGAUGGCCAGUGAUGACAAAGAUGCCCAUAGCAACUGACGGGAAGCCCUGGGGGCCCAUGUGGCAUAGCUGGAGAUUAUUAAUAAAGGAAAAAAGGAAGGGUCUGCAUGCUGGAAGAGGAGUCCUGGGAGAGGGAACUGGGAGGAUGAGGAGGAGAGCCAGAGCCAGGGGGAGGGCUUGUCCAAGGUCACCCAGACUCUGGCUCCACCUCCUCUCAUUGUGGGGCACGUGAUUCUAGGUUUGUAGGACCAGGGUAUUUUCCCCAGACUUCUCUACCUUUGUAGGGAGUCUGGGGACACACAGGGACUAGAAAGCGAUGCUCACAAUGUCUGGAAAGGCAAGCCUGGGGGCCCUUGGUCCCUGACAGGCCUGGGCACCUCAGGCAGAUGUUCGGGGCCUCUGACCCACGCCAGGGAGAGCGUCCCUUUGGAAGAUCCCCCAGGAGAUGGCUUGGUAGGGUUGCUGCAGCUUCACUGUAAGUCGAUGUGGGGAAAGGGUGUUGGAUAUACAAGGCUUGGCUCACAAGCAGCCUUGGAAGGUGUCCUUGAAAUGGGAUGAAUCAUGCCUGCCACUCCCCACCCCCAGAUUUGGGGUAAGGAUUAAGGGAAGGACAUAGUGUUGGACAUUUUUGGACAGACAGGUGCUAGCUCAAUACGGGUCUGGCCAAAUUAAUUUCAUGUCCCUCAACCCUGGGGGCUAGCAUGUACCCAUCAUGGAUGUCAUUUCACUCAUGCUCAGGGCAAAGGCACCUGGGAGCCCUUUGGCAGAACCCGAAUGCUCUGGAAGUGUUUUCAAAGGUCCUCCCAGGUGGAGGAAGGGAUGAAGGGAGGGAGCCUGAUCCGGUGGCCGUAGCAUCAGAGAGGGCCUAAGUGAGAGGGGCGAGAUGGGUAUUGGGGGUCUGCACUGGGAGGGGCCUAGCCCUCAGAGAUACCCUCAGAAUUCUUCCUUCACCGGACACCUGAUACCUCUGGAAGCCAGAGCCCAAAGCUUCAUGUUCUGUCACUACUGUGUCCUAACAAUGGAAGAUCCAUUACAAGCAAAACAUUAUUUAAUUUAUUGGUGAGUGCCCUUUUUUCAUGAAUUGGAUUGAGAUGUACAGAUAUGUAUUUGCUAGACAGACCUUGGUUACAAGCUAAUGCGUGUACGUGUAGUUAGAAUUAAACACCAUCUCACAGCAAACACAUCUUGUCAUCUUUUUUCAGGUUAGGGACACUGCCCACUACUCAUGAAUAAAGUACUUUGAAAGGUCA